AUGUAUGCUGUAGGCAGGUUAAGCAGCUAUAUCACCCGGGGGGUUUCUACGGUUUCCGGCCCCUUCCACCCAUUUGGUGGGGCCAUUGAUAUCGUUGUGGUUCAACAACAAGAUGGUAGUUUAAAAUCAUCUCCAUGGUACGUUAGAUUCGGUAAAUUUCAAGGAGUUUUGAAGGCAAGAGAGAGAGUUGUUGACAUUAACGUUAAUGGGGUUGAAGCCGAUUUUCAUAUGUAUUUGAAUCCAAGAGGAGAAGCUUAUUUUCUCAGGAAAGAGAUAGUUUCUGAUCAGGAGUCGCGUUCAGGUGAAGCUGAUAGAGAUGGGCGAUGCCUUAGGACAGUUAAGUCAAAAAGUCUUGAUUAUAAUUUCGAUCACUGUAAUUCACUUACUGAUGUCAACAACACCCAGCCUUUUUCCAGGAAUUUAGGGUUUGUUCUUGAAAGGAAAAAUAUGAAAAAUGAAGAUGGUGUUGGUAGAAAGUCUGCAGAUAGUGCUGAAAUUGCAGCAGAUCUUUUGGAAAUGAAGUGGUCCACUAGUCUUUCUAGUUCUGCUAAAAGUAACAAAAACCUUGAACAACAUAACAAGGAUGAUGAUUCUGAUGAGAUCACUGGUGGAAAAUUGGAGGGGAGUUUGGUUUUGCAUGAAGAACACUUUGUAAAUAAGUCAUCAUCAGAAGAUAAUGAGAGAAACCCUCAGGUUGAUGAGGUUAUGGUAACAAAAGUCGACAAAGAUGGCAUUGUAGAAAUUUAUGAAGGGCAUGGGGGUAAUUUGGAAAACGGUAUUUUGAAAGAAGAAAGCUUAAGAGAUGGAUCAAAUGGUUCUCAUGGACAAGAAACAGUUGAAGAGCCUAUAAAACUUGGAGAUGGAUGUCUCACAGAAGUUGCAUGUAUUCAACAAGAAAAAGUUUCAGAAGAUGUUAAGCCAUGUAAUGUGGUUGCAGUUUCUGUUAGUCAAGUCAAAGAUGAAGUCAAAUCACCAUUGGAGUUAAAUAGUCAACUGUCUAUAAGUCCGAAUCUUGGGUCAGAUUCAUCUCCAAGCACAUUUGAACAUGAGAUUAUCAAAGAUAUGAAGGGAAAUCUUAGAAGGAAAGAUGCUUCAAGGAUCAUAAAAGAUGGUGAUAAACAACCGUCUGAAGAUACGAAAUCAAAGGAUCAUAAAAACAAUGAUGCAGCAAGUGGUAAAAGCUGGAGCCUUUGGCCAUUUAACAAAACAAGAAGCAAACGGUUUACACAGGACAUUCGAAAAGAUUCUGAAUUUGGUUGUGGGUCAGAGGUGGAAGGAGAAAAAGAUCCUUUAUCAAAGUCACAGCAUAAGAUGCGAAGAGAGCUUACACCAACACCCCAACAGUUAGAAUCUUUGAAUCUUACAGAGGGAAAAAACACAGUAACUUUCAAGUUUUCAACAGCAGUUUUAGGGAAUCAACAGGUUGAUGCUAGAAUUUUCUUGUGGAAAUGGGAUUCUCGCAUUGUCAUCUCAGAUGUUGAUGGAACAAUCACCAAAUCUGAUGUUCUAGGACAGUUCAUGCCUUUGGUUGGAAGAGACUGGUCACAUAUUGGCGUAACGCAUCUCUUUUCAGCUAUCAAGGAAAAUGGAUAUGAAAUUCUAUUUCUUAGUGCUCGGUCAAUUUCUCAAGCCGAUAUCACUCGACAGUUCUUAAUCAACCUUAGGCAGGAAGGAAAGGCCCUACCCGAAGGUCCCGUGGUUAUUUCCCCUGAUGGACUUUUUCCAUCACUAUUUCGUGAAGUUAUUCGUAGAGCUCCUCACGAAUUCAAAAUUACUUGCUUGGCGGAUAUUAGGGCGUGUUUUCCAGAUGAUUGGAAUCCGUUCUAUGCUGGUUUUGGAAAUAGAGACACCGAUGAAUUUAGCUACCUCAAAGUCGGAAUACCAAAGGGAAAAAUCUUCAUCAUCAAUCCAAAGGGGGGAAGUGGUUGUAAACCGUUGUCAUGA